AUGGGGAACUGCAUGGAGACAUACACUAAAGGGCAUGCAGAGGAGAGGCAGAAAAAUGAAGAAGAAGAAGAAAGAGGAAGAAGAUGGAGAGGGUUUGUGGAGAAAAAUGAUGAUAAAGGUGUGAGCAUGAAAGUUGUGCUGACAAAGGAGGAACUCAAAUGGCUUAUACUUCAACUGAAUGAGAAAGGGGGGAUGAGAGUGGAGGAAAUGGUGGCAGAGAUAGAAAGAGGCAGAGAAAAGGUUAAGGGAUAUUCAUGGAAGCCUUCUUUGGAGAGGAUCUUGGAGGCUCCUGAAAUGCUUCAGAUGGAGGACAUCACAACAUGA